AAUAAUCGAGCGUCUUUGAAAAUGUCGCGCGUUCCACAAAUCGAACCAGUGUUAUUCCGUGAAACUGUGAAUCACGAAAAUUCGUAUCAUCGAUGAUUAAUUGUUAAAUUAUUUAUUGGUGUUUUUUUUUUCGAGAAAACAUACAGUUAUCGUUAUAUCGUAUACAUCGAUAUAAAAAGAAAGAGGAAGAAAACAAGCAAUGGAAUAAAAUUCGAAGGGGAUAAAAUUGAAGCGAAAGAGAAACUACGAAUAAACAUCUAUGCUGCAUUGGCGCAUCUGCCUUCAUCGCGUAUCGCGUCAAUGUUGUUCGCGUGGCGAACAUCAACAUUCAUGGAACGCAAAAACGUGACGCGGAUCAUUCGAUGAGCAAUUUAAUUGUUUAAUUUCAAAUUGCAACUUAUCGAUCGAGAAGAAUAACAACUCCUGGUUUAAUUGUCUUCGUUAAUUAUAACCUGUUGAAUAUAUACUUUCAACUUUUAAUCACGAAUCGUUUAUCGUUUAUCGUAUAGAUAUGUAUCAAUCGAGAAACCGGAGAUAAUCGAGAUUAUCGUUAUCACGAAUAACCUCGUUUCCAGGCUUGAGUGUUCGGAUAUAAAUUCGAAAUAUUCGCGGAACGAUGAAUAUAUAGAUAGAGAGAAAGAGAGAGAUAGAGAAAGAGAGAGAAAGAGAGAUCGGUGAAUUUGAAGCGAUCACGAGCAAAAUGCAAUUGGCAGCGACGCAGAGGCCUCACCCACCACCAGUGCCGCCACGACCCAGUCGGCAGGUAGUCGCAGAAGCCCUUAAAAGAUCACCAAGGCCGCCCUGCCCGACCAGGCAGGCCCCACCACCGCCCAACACCAAACCGUGGAGAUCCGAUCGAGAUCGGGCGAACAAUCGGCAACAGGUGUGUCCCGCUCCUGUUGGACGCACGCUUGUUUACGAGUCUUCGAUCAAAGAGUCGUCGCUUCCCAAAGAAACCAGCAACGAAAGCGGCGGCGAUUGCGAUCCGCCGCUCGACAAGAAUCGCGAACCCGUUCCUCGAGCCGCGAGUGAAAGGCGCGCGGACGAGGACGACUGGCGUGGAAAUCCGCGGGAAAGGCGGCACCGCGUACCCGACCAGGAACAUCGGCCAAAUUCCACUGAAUCGAGCCCCAACACCGACGCUUCUUCCUCGCCUCCUCUGCCGCGAGAGAAAGAGGAUCGCUCGAGCCCGUGUCAUUCCGCUCUGCUCGAACGCGUGGAGGAACGCUCCUUCAACGGAGCAACCACCACUGAUGAGAGAUCGCCGGUAAGCGAGAAAUCGAUAAGCAAUAUCGAUAGAACGACCGGGAACGAGAAGGCGAGAACCGAGUCAGAGUCGAUAUCUCGCGCGAAGGAAUCGACCGAUUGCGACAACGAUGCCAAAAUUACUGGGAUCGAGUCGCGCGUAUCUCUGGACGAGGUACAGUGUUGUCACGCUUCGCCCGACGUUUCGGAAUCGAAGAAAAACGGGGAAAGGGGGGGCCUAAGUUUUUCAGAGAGAAGCCAAUGCUCGGAGAGAAGCAAAGCCGAUGGCUCGACGCGGCCGACGCCAACCCAGAGAUCGUGUCUCGUGAAAUAUCGAGACGCGACGAGGAAAAGCGCGGAAAGUUCCACCACGACCCAAUCUUCGAACGUUUCGAACGUUGACCGUGCCACGGUGGUUGUUAUCGACGAAUCGGACCGUAAAGCCGCAUCCAACGAUCAUCCUGAUCACUGUGACGAUCACAAUCACCAUGUCAACCACAACAACAAGGAUGCGGAGAAUGACAACGACAAUGACAACAUUCAUCGACAAGAUUGGUUGGAAGCCGGUGUUCAUUAUUCGUCCACGCAGAUCAGAUUGUCCGGGGAAGAUGGCGACGUCAUUGAUGGAAGUCGAGUCAAUGGAUUUGAUCGUUGUGAAAACGAGAAAUUCGGGGACUUUAAUGUUCCAAGCAUACAAGAAAGGAUCGCUAUGUCUUCCCUGCAAGGUCUACCACCGUUACCAAGGAGUCUUAGUGGGUUUAAUUUGAGUGGUGGACGAAGCGAGGGUUGCGAACCACCUCCGCCACCCACUAGAUCUUCCAGUAAAACGCAAAGAGGCGGUAAAACCCCGAUCCAAUCAUCGUCCAGGCCAUCACCUCCUGCUAGACAGCUUACCACAUUGGAUACACAACUGGCUAUACUGAGGAGAGAAAUGUUUGGUCUUCGACAAUUGGAUCUUUCUUUGCUCGCUCAACUUUGGUCGUUAAACGAAUCUAUUCAAGAAUUUCGACAACUUUUACAAGAACAAGAAGACAGAGCACCAUCCCCUUCCCCUAGCAGUGAAGAAGGGGAUGACACCUCUUAUGGAACUCAUCCUCCACCACCUCCGAGAAGACCAGCUCCUGGUGUACAUUUACACAGACCGCCUAGGCCACCCAGACCGCCUAGGCCACCUCCUAAUGACGAAUCGCCAUCUAGCGAGGAAUACGGAGCUGUUUGACGCGUGCAGCUACAAAUUAUUCGCAUUUUAAUCCGUCUUUCUCGACUAUUUGAUUGUAAACUUUUACGCGUUAUAGUAGAUAAAAAAUCUUGUUUAAGGAAUUAGUAGAAACUGAAUCGGCGAUUUGAUAGCAACCGAUAUGGUCGCUUCUAUCUGUACAAGUCCUAACGAAGUUAUUAGAAUACAAUCUAAUGCAUCGUUAUAAAAAACUUAUUGAUGCUCGAAGGUACCUGUAAUAUUACGGAGACAUCGGAAAAAUUAACUAUUCAAGAACUGUUCUAAUUACAAUCCAUCAUUUCAUAUGUCUCUGCAAAAUCAUGCAUCGCAUAAAUUUAUGGAAGAUUAAUUAUUAGGAAACAUAUAUCAUUCGUUGACCCACGAAUUUAUCAAUGUCAAUCCAGAAGAACAACGAUCCUCUUUCUCUUAUUAUAUAUACGUAGAUAUAUUUCUUAUUAGGUAAGGAAAAAGUUUAUUGUCCUUGAUGAGAACUAUUUUCGUUCAAUAUGCUCUUUUUCUCUAUUUGUGAUAGCAGUCGAAGGGGCCUUUAAUUAACUACGAUAGACAUUCGUUUGCGCUAAUCGAGAAUUAUCCACAAUCAUUGAUUGGAAGACAUUACAAAAGAUCCGAGCCUACGGGAUAAUAAAACGGCUAGUGAGAUCCAAAGAACCGCAUUCGAAAGUUCUUGUUUCUUCCAUGUUUCUUCACUAUUACGUCCAUUACAGAAUUUUUUUUCUUGUUAAAAUAAAACGCACUGAUAUGCCAGACGAUAAGAAUUUUCGAAUUACGAUACGACGUAUAAAGAUUUAUGUAGAUUAAUUCGAGUGUGUAAAAUAAAGUAAAGAACAAAUGAUAUGGAAAA